CGGGGCCCCGCCGGGCGAGGGGCAGGGGCAGCGCCCACCGCGCCGCCCGCUGCCGCUCCCCGCGGCGCCGAGCUGCGCCGCAGAGCGAUCCCGCCCCCGGGGGGCCCCGCGGGGGCAGGCCGGCAGGGAGCCCGGCCCCGCCGCCGCCCGCCCGGCCGGGACACGCCUCUGCGCUCCCCGCCGCCCGCCGGGCAGCCUGCGUGCGGGGCUGCUGCGCCCCAGCGGAGCCACAGCCAGCGGGCUGCCGCCAUGGAGAGGACCCCCAUCCCGGUGCUGACGGUGCAGACGACGCCCUACGAGGACCAGCGGCCGACGGGCGGCGGGGGCCUGCGGCGGCCCACGGCGGCCUUCGAGAGCCAGCGCAACUACCUGCCCAACUUCGUGCAGAGCCUCCUCUCCUCCGUCGACCUCCGCGACCGCCAGGGCUGCACCAUGGUGGUGGGCAGCGACGGCAGGUACUUCAGCAAGACGGCCAUCGAGAUCGUCGUCCAGAUGGCCGCGGCCAACGGGAUUGGCAGAUUGGUUAUUGGACAAAAUGGUAUCUUAUCCACACCUGCUGUUUCAUGUAUCAUCCGAAAGAUCAAAGCAGCUGGAGGAAUUAUUCUAACAGCUAGCCACAGUCCUGGGGGACCUGGAGGGGAGUUCGGGGUCAAGUUUGAGGUUGCCAAUGGAGGACCUGCUCCAGAUAUAGUUUCAGAAAAAAUCUAUCAAAUCAGCAAAACUUUGGAGGAAUAUGCCAUUUGUCCUGACCUCAGAGUUGAUUUAUCACGCUUAGGAAGACAAGAAUUUGAUCUGGAGAACAAGUUCAAACCUUUCCGAGUGGAAAUUGUGGAUUCUGUGGAUAUCUACCUCAAUCUCCUUCGAAGUAUCUUUGACUUCAAUGCGAUCAGAAAUUUACUGACCGGACCCAACCAGAUUAAAAUAAGGAUUGAUGCCAUGAAUGGAGUUAUGGGACCUUAUGUGAGAAGAAUCCUGUGUGAUGAAUUGGGAGCUCCUGCAAAUUCUGCCAUAAACUGUAUUCCUCUGGAGGAUUUUGGUGGACAUCCCCCUGAUCCCAAUUUAACAUAUGCAACUGCCUUGCUGGAGGCUAUGAGAGGUGGAGAAUAUGGGUUUGGAGCUGCUUUUGAUGCUGAUGGAGACCGCUACAUGAUUCUUGGCCAAAACGGUUUCUUUGUUAACGCAUCAGAUUCACUGGCGAUAAUUGCUGCCAAUCUGUCUUGCAUUCCUUACUUCUGUCAGAUGGGUGUCCGAGGAUUUGGCAGGAGCAUGCCUACCAGCACAGCCCUGGACAAAGUGGCAAAAGUAAUGAAGAUUCCUGUGUAUGAGACACCAACAGGAUGGAGAUAUUUUUCCAGUCUCAUGGACUCUGGACGUUGUUCGCUUUGUGGAGAGGAAAGCUUUGGCACUGGAUCUGAUCACCUUCGAGAGAAAGAUGGACUAUGGGCUGUGCUAGUUUGGCUUUCCAUCCUAGCAGCUCGAAAACAGAGUGUGGAGGAGAUUGUCAGGGAUCACUGGGCAAAAUUUGGCCGGCACUACUACUGCAGGUUUGAUUAUGAAGCACUGGAACCCAGAACAGCGUAUUUCAUAAUGAGAGACCUGGAAGCUUUGAUCACUGACAAAUCAUUCAGCCAUCAGCAGUUUGCUGUGGGUAGCAAUAUCUACAGUGUGGAAAGAACAGACAGCUUUGAGUACACAGAUCCUGUGGAUGGCACAGUGACCAAAAGACAGGGGCUGCGGAUUAUUUUUUCAGAUGCUUCCAGGCUCAUCUUCAGAAUGAGUGCUUCUAGCCAUGUGAGAGCAACUCUCCGGAUCUAUGCAGAGAGUUAUGAAAAGGAUCCUAGCCAGCACAAUAAGGAGCCACAGGCUGUGCUGAGUCCUCUUAUAGCAAUCGCACUGAAAAUAUCUCAGAUUCAUGAGAGGACAGGGCGAAAGGGACCCACUGUCAUCACCUGAAGCCAUGGAAGAUCGUUAAACCAGGGCCAAAAAAGGAGCAGCAAGGAAAAGACAGGGCCUUGCUGAAACAUGUUAACCAUUUGUGCCUUGUAGGAUUUAAAAAGUUUUCUUGGGGAUAGAGGUAGGGUGGGAGGAAAAAUUCAAUAUAAUAUUGAGCAUAUUCAUUUGCAUUGGUCUCCAAAUACAACACUGUAUUGAAUUCUUUGUUUUACCUGCAAUAUUUUAAUUUCAGAUAACAAUAUAACCAAAGAAAGAGGCCUUUACCUUCAAAUGUCAGCAAUGUGACAGAAAACUGCUUGUUUUUGAAUGCUGUGAUUAAGUUGGAAAAAUUUCAGCUGGGGAGAGAGGGGGAGGAGUUGCAAAGCAAAGACACGCCUGGUGAAUAUUGUUUGGGACCCUUGAAACCUUCCACUUGAUUUAUGAAGAGGUAUAAAGAGCAUGUCUGAGGCGUAAGGGCUGCAUAGUAGGUUUGCUAAGGGUGUAUUUCCUCACCUGACACCGCUGCUUCCCUCCUGUCUCCCAUCGCUCACAGAUGCAUACUGGCAGCAGUGUCAUAAACACACUUGCACAUGCUCCCAAAGAAGGGGUUAUCCCAUAUAUAUAUAUCUUUUGCUCCUGCUUUUAAAGCACAUCAAUGUAAUUGAUGCCUUUAGAUUUUACUAAUUUUUUGACUCUUUGGGUUUUUUUCCCUCCACAGGGGGGCUUUUGUUCUAUAGAAGCUGACUGGGUCCUUCCAGCAAUAUGUCAGGUGUGGAAUCUGACUGUCUUUUGCAAUAUUCCUUAUGUCAGCAGAUGAUACUGGUGCUUACUGUGUUUGAAAGGUAACCACUGCAAGUUCAGAAAUUUUUCUUAAAGGAGUUAUGAUGGAAGGUUUUUAAGUCUUUGGGAUACUCAUGCUCCACUUACCACAAAGUGGUAAGUGAAGCAUGUGGUGAAGAGGAAAUGAAAACAAAUGCUAACUUAUUAAAUGGAAAUACUUGCCUGAUUCACCAGCUGGACACAGUUUCUAUUAGGUUCUAUGUAACAGUGGAUCAUGGAUUAAAAGACUGGGGAUUGCAAAGGGAGAAAAGACGUCCUGGCAUACAUCUGAGAAGGAUAUUGGGGAUAUGGACAUCAGCAUUUUUCUGCCUGUGAAACUUACUGCAGUUCUAGCUACAAUACUGUGCUCUGAAGAACAGAGCAAACACUUUAUGCAUGUGAGUUUUUUGAAAGCUUUGCUUCCUUGGGAACAGUGUGGUCACUUGUAUCAUUUGUCAAGGUGGCUUUGUGCAACUUGCCUCUUUGCAGUGUGUUUCAAUUAAUUGUGGUUGUCAGAUUUUAGUGCAAUUCAUAUAAUAUCGCAACAAAGGGAAUUGUUUUGAUUUCUUUCAACAUGUCUGUAAAAAAAAUUGCUAUGUCACUGAGUACACAAUAAAGAGUAAUACUGUAUUUCUGUCUUAAUAUGUAAUUGUGGACAAGACACACUGCACUUUCAAGCAUCCUAAUAAAAAUGCCUGUAAUACAGUUAGAGUAUCCACUUAAUUACCUCUAAACAAAUGAAGUACUAAUGUUCUCACAUAGUAUUUUGCCGUACCAUUAACUAUUCCCAUAAAUCAUAAGACAUUUUAAGGCUUUAGUUCUUUUCAUAAAGAUUUUUUUUUUGAGAUCACUACAGCAUUCUCUUACAGUUUGGACAUCUACUUUUGCAUGGAAGAAUAUUUGUCUUUACAGAAACCGUGUUUUUCUCACCUUCCAUUUUUCUUAUAUGUCACACUCCUCUAGGUGCAGGAGAGUAAGCUUGUAAGUAGUGGAUCAUACAUAGUCAAGCAUAGACAUACUCUGCAUUAUGACACUUAGUUCAAAUUACUGGGCUGCAUGAAAGAAUGUUCUGAAAGGCAGUCCAAGAACUUCGAAAAUCUCUUAUCAUUCUUGAGCAAUGUAAUAAUUUUUGAUCAUGUGGUGAACUAGCUGGUUUUACUACCAAGUAUCACAUUUGCCAAGCCUCUGGGACUUGCAGUUUGAAAAAUGAGGAGUACUGAAGACAGGUGUCUUUCAAGAUGUGGGGAGACUCAUGAGGAACAAGUCAGGACUGUGAAGAUCAUACUUGUGCUUUUAACACAAAAUUACCAGAGCACUAGCUGCAGUAGGUGGCAGUCAGCUUUCAUGAAGGCAGUCUUUGUGAACAUAGCAUGUAUUUUAAGAUCUUAGUACUGGCUUUGUCCUGGGCUUCAGAAACAAUUGUUGUGUCUCUGUUCUGAAACGGAGAAAAGGUCUAUUUGUGUGUGGCUUGGAAUAAUUAGAAACAGCAGACUUCCAGAACUAGCCUACCCUUUUUUAUGUUGCCUAAUGAUAUUGAUAAAAUGGAACAACUGCUGUUUUCCACCAGUUAAUUGCUUUUCUCUGCUAGAAGAUGAACAAAGCUUUGUAAGGCUGAAGUACAGUGUCUAUCUUUAUAUCUGAUGUGUUUUGUGAAGGACUCUAACCAUAAUCUUAAAAAGCAUAGUGCAUUUCCUCAGGUCUUUUACUUUUUAAUACGAGAGAUGAAUGCUUCAAAAAUGGCAACAUUUAUGAACUUAUACAAGACACAAGGCUUCAAAGAACAGACCAUACGUAUAGUAGAGGGAAAAGUAUUACUAAUACUGUUGUCUUACCACAGUGUCUAGGCACUGUGACAGAGACCCAGACUCUUCUGUGGCUAUUGUUGGGUUAGCAGCAUUAUCAAGUUUGGAAACUGCACUAUUCCCAUGUUGGAUCAGCUGUGAUUACACUAACGUUUACUUGGACAGUAAUUCUGUUUCCCAAAACCUCAGAUUUUUAUUGUACCCAGCAAUACAAAGAUAAACUCCCAGUAUGCUGGAGGAAAGGGAGAAAGAGGGAUUCAGAGAAACAAUGGUUUCAAAGUACGUUAGCAGAAGGCUGACCAAGACAGGGCUUGUUGGGUCCCAUGAACAGAGAAAGGCAACAGAGAAGAGAAGAGGUGACAGAAAGGAUUAGGAGCAGAAAAAAUUGCUUGAUUCAGCUGGAAAGAGAGAUGUAAUAAAAGAAUACUAAUAGCACAACAAUGGAUUUGAGGAAGGGAGAGGGAGAGAAAAAGGAAUUAAAGGUGGGAAGGGAGCGUAGUAUAAAAAUUAUUUCAUAAUGUUCAGUAUUAAAGAAAACUGUUGAUAAUCUCAUCUAUUUAAUGACAGUGUACUGUAGUUACUGCUCUCAUUAUCUAAGAUAAAUAAUAGUCUACACCAGGGGAAAAUAAGGGAAAAUUUGACAACUUCAACAUAACUUUAGUUUAACAUUUUAUACAAACACAAUAGCUGAGACUGAAUUACUGAAAAUGAUAGAAAAGUGUAGUGCUAAUGUAGCUACAAGGAACAAAAUGUUUGGAAUAGCCUCAUUAGGGAGCAUAGUUGUGGCUUUUUACCACAGAGGCUUCAAGCAUCUGGGCUUCACCAUCAGUUGGUUUGAGCUAAGUCAUAAAAUACCAGCAGAUUCACCUGCCGGUACAGCUAAAGGGUUAUUACAUUUUCCACUGCAAGAAGUGAGCUGUAACAGAGUUAUAGUGAGUGGCAGAAUGUGAAGUGCAUUGUGUUCAGAGGCAAUUUGGAAUGCAUCAGUACUCAUCUGCACCAUGGGAUCACAGAAUGUUUGAGGUUGUAAGGGACCAUCUGGUCCACUGGGACUAGAAUUACCUAGUCUGUCCCUCAGCUCACAUCAGGGUCAGGUGGAGGAGGUUGCCCAGCAUUUUUGCUAUCUCCAAGGGUGGAGACUCCAAAACCUCUUUGGGCAAACUGUUGAAGUGAUUGAUCACUCCCACAGUAAAGAACAAAACAAAACAGACUUCUUUGACUGUUCAGAUGGAAUUUAAUGUGUUUCUGUUUGUGCCCAUUGCCUGUUGUCCUAUCACUGGGCACCACUGAGACGAUUUUUGAAAAUCAGACAACUGUUCUGGACUCAUCUUCUCUCCAGGGCCAUAACCCAGGUGAUUCUUCCAAGCAGAUCUCUGAAGAGAUUAAAGUACACUCUGAUACUUUGGUCUGAUGUUCAGCCUUUCUCGCUUCUCUCAAGAUCUUGAACUCAUAGAAUCAUAGAAUCGCUAAGGUUGGAAGGAACCUUAAAGAUCAUCAAGUUCCAACCCCCCCUGCCAUGAGCAGGGAACCCUGCCACUAGACCAGGUUGCACGAAAACUUGUCCAACCUGGCCUUAAAAUCCUCCAGGGAUGGGGCAUCAACAACCUCCCUGGGCAACCCAUUCCAGUUCCUCACCACCCUGAAAGUGAAGAAUUUCUUCCUAAUAUCUAACCUAAAUCUCCCUCCUCUCAGUUUAAAAUCGUCACCCAUUAUCCUAUUUCCUCUGAUGAAAAGCCCCUCCCCAGCUUUCCUGUAGGCCCCCUUCAGGUACUGGAAGGCUGCUAUACGGUAUCCUUGGAGCCUUCUCUAGGCUGAAAACUCCACCAUGUCCUAAGAGUUGCAGUGAAGACCUUCACAUGCCCACUGUUUUUUUUCUGGUAUUCGGAGUAUCAGGACAUCCACACACCUUCUUGUUGGAUGCUCAAUCACCUCUAUCAGGAAGUUGUUGUCUAUGCAGUGAAAAAACCUGUUCUGCACUGAAGCCUUAGUUUGACCUCACAUCCUCCAGUCCAAACGAAAUUCCUUAUAAUCUAAAACUUGGAGAUGGUAUUCUUAGUUAAGAUGACUUCAAGCUCUUAGUUUGUUCAAAAGCAAACAGUUUAAAAGCUUUUGCUGCUUUAAGAUUGUUGAAAUUUUUGAGCUAAUUGCCCACACUAUUUUCCAUUGAGAUUAUAUCCACAUAGUUAAUUAGCUGAGAAGACAAACUGAAAAAACAUUGUAAAAAAUAAUAUUAAUUUUCUGGUUAUCUCAACAAAUUUCAUUUUUCAAAUACUUUCUUCUAUAUUGGAGGUUGAAGAUGCAAUUAUCUUUGGUGUCACAUUUCUAGAUCCACUGAUACCUCACAACAUCUGCGGAAGGCAGGAGGCUGGAGCUAAAAAGGGGCACUGCAGGACCGACCUGGGAUUGGGGGAAAGGGAGAGAGGAGUAGCCCUUCCUGCUUGUCCAUAAACUAUGUGGAAAGAAUCUGCAUGUCAUUUCCUGUAGCAAAGUGGUCCAAGAACAACCUUCAGCAGUACUCCAGCACUACUUGCUCUCAGAGCUACCUAUAGUUUCAAUAAUUUCCUGAUCAUCUGGUCUUGCUUUAGAAGUUAUGCAGUAGAAAAGUUAGAUUCCUGCAGGAAAGGGAAAAAAGAAAUAAAAAAUGGUUAAACUUGCACAGGACAAGAAUUAUUUUCUUCUGGAGUUCCCCUGGUUAACCAGUCUCCUCUGCUAUAAUUGAUCCCUGCACCAAUAAUUGUGCAGUGCAUACAACCUCCAGACUCAGGGGUCCUGGAGUAAAUAAGCAAGGGAUUUCAGGGUGUGGGUAUGGCAGUGCUAAGAGGUAGGAAGAUAACAAGGUCACUUGGUGUAGAUCCUCACUCCAGCUCUUACAGAAUUAAUGUGCACUGUUCCUCUGUCUUUUACUGUUCCCCUCUGUGCUGUGCCACUUCUCAGUCACAUUGAAAAAUUUGUAUAUGCUGAUGGCAACUUCUGUCAGCUUCUAUAUUUUUUUGCCUGUGAUUGUUUUAAUAAAUUUGUCUUCCUCAA